AUGAUACCUCUGGAGGUACAUAAAGCCUCAAAUUAUGCCAACAUAGUGAAGUUAUUGUUAUCUUAUUCUAACAUAAAGGAUGAUUUGAUAAAAUUGACAUUAAGUGACAAUCCACAAUUGACUCUAACAUUGCCAAACGGUACCCAGUAUACAGAAUUACCUACUAUUAUGAUCUAUAUUAUGGGCCAGAAUGAUACAGGAAAGAUUCUGUACCCUGAUGACAACCUCUUGAAGGCCAAGAUUGACCAAUGGAUAUCCUUGGCCAAUAAGAAGGAUUACUCAAUAUGCGACUCUGAAUCUAUCAGAGAAAUAGACUCAAGUUUAGUGCAUACAACCUUCCUCGUUUGUAAUAACAUAACACUAGCCGAUAUAGUUAUAUAUUCAUCCCUUUUACACUGGGCAAAAAAAUCCACAACUAAAGAAAAGGAGUUAAUGUGUAAUCUUUCACGAUGGUAUAAUCAUAUACAACACCUCCCUGGCAUUUCAAUUGGCAAUUACAUUGACAUUCCUACUGGUACAACUGUUAGUUCUUUAUCAUCAAUGCUUAACAAUGUAAAUGUAUGUGGUGACAAUAAAAAAUCGAAUAAAUCUGCACAAAAAGCCGAAGGAAAAUACAAUAAAAAGAUACAGAAUAGCAAUUUUAGUAAUGAUGCUAGGCCUGUUGAUGACAUUACAAGGCUUGCAGUUCGUGUAGGUUUGGUUAAGGAAAUCAGUAAACAUCCAGAUGCGGAUAAGAUAUAUUGUCUUAAAAUAGACAUAGCAGAGUCUAAACUUAGAGAUAUUUGUUCCGGAUUAGUUGAACAUUUAAAACCUGAAGAAAUAAUCAACAAAAAAGUUUGCGUCCUUUCAAACCUAAAACCAAGAAAAAUAAGAGGUGUAGAUUCCAAUGGAAUGGUUUUGUGUGUCUCAUACAAUGACAAAGUAGAGCUGUUGGAGCCACCUAGCGAUUCUAUGGUUGGAGAAUUGAUCACUUGGGGGGACUUAAAGGGGGAACCUGAUGUCGUGCUUAGUGGAAAAUCUGGGAAAAAUCCCUUUGAAGCCGUUCAAAAGGAUUUGGUAUGUAAAAAUAAAAUUGGUUAUUAUAAGGACCUGCCCUUUUCAACAUUGUCUGGCGUUUGCUCCUGCAAUACACUAAUCAAGGGUACUAUAUCUUAG